AUGUGGAAACCAACAUUACUGCUCGCCGCUGCGCUGGCGGUCCCGUCACAAGCGCUACACUUCUUCAUGGACGGUGCAGUCCAGAAGUGCUUCUACGAGGAAUUGCCCAAGGAUACACUGGUCGUUGGCCACUACCACGCCGAAGCAUGGGACGACGCAACCAAAUCCUACCAAACCAAGCCCGACGUCGGCGUCUUCGUUACCGUGGAAGAGACAUUCGAUAGCAACCACCGCAUUGUUGCCCAACGAGGUAGCUCCGAGGGCCGCUUCACUUUCAGCGCUGCCGACAGCGGCCAACAUAGGAUCUGCGUGACACCCCAGAAUGUACCGAGCAGUGGUGGCGGCUGGCUGAGCUCCGGCGUGCACGGCACAGUCAAGUUCACACUGGACAUGGCGAUUGGCGAGACCAGCAGGAUCGAGAGCACGGACAAGGACAAGGUCGAGACGCUGGUGCAGAAGGUCAGGGACCUGAACUCGAGGUUGCAGGACGUCAGGAGGGAACAGGUCUUCCAAAGAGAGCGCGAAGCCGAAUUCCGCGACCAGUCCGAGCAUACCAACUCCCGUGUCGUUCGCUGGACCCUCAUCCAACUUGUAAUUCUGGGUGUUACUUGCGUUUGGCAACUAUCGCACUUGCGAGCUUUCUUCAUCAAGCAGAAGCUUACCUAG